AUGUUUGGCAAGUCGAAAGGAGCCCAUGCGAACCGCUCCGCCGUUGGCGAGGACCUUGCUCGCGUUCUCCCCGACGAUGGUCCCUGGUACAAAAAGAAGCAUCUAUUGUUGCUCAACGGGUACGCCAUCAGCGUGGGACUUCUCUCGGCAGCAAACGGAUACGAUGGAAGUAUGAUGAACGGCCUGAUGGCUCUGCCUCAAUGGUUCGAGUUUAUGGAUCAUCCAGCCGGCGCGUGGCUCGGAUUCAUCAACGCCAUCCAAGCCCUCUCCUCCACCCUCGCAUACCCGGUCAUCGCAUACUUCGCCAACCGCUGGGGCAGAAAGAAAGGUCUUUUUGUGGGAUACUUCUUUCUCUGCCUCGGAUCUCUGCUCCAAACCUUCACUCCGAAUCCAACCGGCUUUAUCAUCAGCCGCUUCUUUCUGGGUCAGCCCAGCGCCUGGUGGGGAGGUCUUGCGCCGUUGUUGAUCACCGAGAUCGCAUACCCUACCCAUCGUGGUUUCCUGACGGCCCUUUAUAAUAGCGGAUGGUACGUUGGUUCGACGCUGGCAGCUUGGGUGACAUACGGUACGCGCAACUACGAUAGCGACUGGGCCUGGCGAAUUCCUUCUCUUCUACAGAUUGCCGUCCCCAUCUUGGUGCUGCCCGCAGCCAUCAUGAUUCCCGAGUCGCCGCGUUAUCUCAUCGCAAAGGGCGACUCAUCCAAGGCCCGCAUUACACUGACCAAGUACCAUGCCGGGGGUGAUGAGCAGUCUCUGUUGGUUGACUUUGAGGUCACUGAGAUCGAACGGGCCAUCGAGGCUGAAAGGGCAGCCAACAACUCGACGUCCUGGAUGGACCUGGUCUCGACACCCGGAAACCGCCACCGUACCUUUAUUUCAGCCAGUCUAGGAAUCUUCGCGCAGUGGAACGGAGUUGGCGUCGUCUCUUACUACCUCGCCAUGGUUCUCAACACAGUUGGCAUCACCUCCAUCACCGAUCAGACACUCAUCAACGGUUGCCUGCAAAUCUGGAACCUCAUUCUAGCCGCCUUUGCUGCAUCCAUGGUUGACCGUCUAGGUCGCCGACCACUGUUCUUGAUCAGUUCUGUGGGCAUGCUCAUUAGCUAUAUCCUGAUCUCCGGGCUAUCCGGCGGUUUCGCAACUACAGGUAGAGGCUCCGUUGGUCUCGCAGUCGUCCCUUUCUUGUAUAUCUACUAUGGCUUCUACGAUAUUGCCUUUACGCCACUUAUUAUCUCCUACCCAGCCGAGAUCUGGCCCUACCAGCUUCGUGCGCGCGGCAUCGCUGUGACCCAGCUGUCGACCUAUCUUGCCAUCUUCUUCAACACCUUCGUCAACCCAAUUGCCCUCGACGCCAUCGGCUGGAAGUAUUACAUCAUCUUUGCAGUCAUCCUAGUCGCUAUCACCGUGACUAUCUACUUCUUCUAUCCGGAAACCAAGGGCCAUUCUUUAGAAGAGAUGGCUGUUAUCUUCGACAAAGAAAUGGCCGCCGUCACAGGACAUGAGACGUCCAAGGCUGUUCUGGGCGCUGACCACAAGGAGACCGCGUGA